AUGCUAAUGACCCUUUCAAUCAACACAAAUCUAUGCCUUAAAGGCCAAACCUGUGCAGGACCAAAUGGAACACGUUUAGCCGCUAGCAUGAACAACAUAAGCUUUGAAACCCCCAGCAUUGACAUCCUGAAAGCCUAUUACUACCACAUCCAUGGGGUGUAUGAUAGGGGGUUUCCUAGAUUUCCUCCAUUGGAAUUUGACUAUACUGCAGAGUAUUUGCCUCUAGCCCUUGAGAUACCAACGAAAGGAACCAAGGUUGCAGUCCUUAAACAUGGUUCAAAUGUGGAACUUGUUUUUCAAGGGACAAACUUGGUUACAGGGAUAGACCAUCCUAUACAUCUCCAUGGAAUUAGUAUGUUUGCUGUUGGAUAUGGGAUAGGAAAUUUUGAUAAAGAGAAGGACCCCUUGACGUACAAUGUUGUUGAUCCUCCCCUCAUAAAUACAGUAUCAGUGCCUAGGAAUGGUUGGGCCACCGUAAGGUUCUGUGCUUGUAACCCAGGAGUGUGGCUUAUGCAUUGCCAUCUAGAUCGGCACCUCUCCUGGGGCAUGGAUACUGUGAUUAUUGUGAUGAAUGGGGAAGGAGAUGAAGCCAUCCUUCCUCCACCUCCACAUAUGCCUCCUUGUUGA